UGUGUGUGUGUUUGAGUGUGUGUGAGUGUGUGUAUGUGUGUGUGUGUGUGUGAACUCCUUGAGCAUUCACGAUCGCCUCUAAUCACAGAUCUCCAAUCAAACAGCAAGCUCAGCUACGCAGAAACGCUGCAGAAAACGCAUAUAAUGGAAUACCGGUUUUUCGAAUCUAUGCCCAAUGAACACUGAUGGAUUAAUUCAGGAAUAAUAUACAUCCAUCGCACGAUCGCCAACUGUGGAACUUUGACUGAAUCGAUGCAAAAUGGCUUCAGAUAAUACACACCGUAGUUACUCCAUCAUACCAUGCUUCAUAUUUGUGGAGUUGGUGAUAAUGGCCGGGACGGUGCUGCUGGCGUACUACUUUGAAUGCACAGACACGUUUGGGAUCCACAUCCAGGGUUUCUUCUGUAACGACGCUGACCUGAUGAAGCCGUACCCCGGGGUGGAGGAGAGCAGCUUCAUCCCUCCGCUCAUCCUCUACUGUGUGGUGGCAGCUGCUCCCACAGCCAUCAUAUUUGUCGGUGAGAUCUCCAUGUAUAUCAUGAAGUCCACUAGAGAAGCUCUCCUAGCCCAGGAGAAAACCAUUGUGACGGGCGAGUGCUGCUACCUAAACCCUCUCAUCCGCAGAAUCAUUAGGUUUAUUGGUGUCUUCGCGUUUGGCCUGUUCGCCACCGACAUCUUUGUCAACUCCGGCCAGGUAGCGACGGGCAAUUUGGCGCCGUAUUUCCUGAGCGUCUGCAAGCCAAAUUACACCGGGAUGGAUUGUCACUUCAACCACCAGUUCAUCGCCAAUGGAAACAUCUGCACCGGGAACCAGGUGGUGGUGGAGAGAGCCAGGAGGUCCUUCCCAUCCAAAGACGCUUCGCUCAGUGUCUACUCCGCCGUCUACGUUACUAUGUACAUCACGAGCACCAUCAAGACGAAAAGCAGUCGUCUGGCCAAGCCUGUACUUUGUCUGGGAAUCCUGUGCGCUGCUUUCCUGACUGGAUUGAACCGUGUAUCAGAAUACCGCAAUCACUGCUCAGACGUCAUCGCUGGGUUCAUAUUAGGAAGCUCAAUAGCUCUAUUUCUGGGAAUCUGUGUAGUGAACAACUUCAAAGGACUCACUCCACUCCUACCAAACAGAAGCAGGAGGAUUACCGCUGCCUUCCCUUGAUGACAUUCCCCGCGUGGAAAGCCCUCUCUAGACACUCAGCGCACAG